AUGGUCACAGACCUGAAGUCCCAGUUAAAGACCUGCCUGACAGAAGGCCUAUUCCUCAUCCUGACUGACAUUGACCUUCAUCUGCUGGCCAAGGACAACCGCUUCAACCACGUGUUCCGCAGGCGCAUGUCCUUCCUGACUGGAAAGGCUCCCUUCAAAAUCAUUGUUGGUAGCCAUGAGGUGGAGUGUCGCCCCGGGUUCAGACUGUACAUGCACACCACCUGCAUGCCUCAUGAGGUGCCAGAUGAGGUCGCUGCCUACACCAGCAUGGUCAACUUCUACCAGGACCGGUCAGGCAUCGAGGCCGAGCUGCUGGACAGGUUCAUACGGCUGGAGAAGACCAGGGUCCAGGACGAGAGGACAAACCUAGCUCAGGAGAAGAUAGCUAACAUGGAGAGGUUGGCCCUGCUGGAAGACCAGAUGUUAAACCUCCUGGCCAGUGACACACGGCUACUCAACAACCUGGCUGUCACCAAGAAACUGGCAGACAUGAAGAAACAGUUUGAUGAGACACAAGACUCGCAGCAGAAGAUCGAGGUAUCAGAAGCUGCCAUCAGGAGGAACUGUGAACAGUUCCGUACCAUCGCCACCAGAGCUGCUGUUCUGUUCGACGCCUCCCGACACAUGAGGGAGAUCAACUCCUGCUACCAGAUCAGCUUCGACCAGUUCCUCGCUGUGUUUGAUGCCGCCAUCAAGCACUCUGAAAGAGCCUCAACAGACACUGUGGUUGACCGGUUGACCUACUCUGCCUACAUGACCACAGCACGCUCCCUGUUUGAGAGGGACAAGCUUCUGUUUGCUCUGCUGGUGUCCAUGGAGCUUGAGGACUCAGAAGGCAGACUGGGGCCAGGUGAGAGGGAGUUCAUCAUCUCUCCAACCUUCGCCUCAACCGUCAUGUCUACCAUGGGGUACGGGGUCGGCUCUGAUGCCCGCGCUAAUGCCAGGAAGCCAUUUGAUUGGAUGCUGGAUGACCAAUACCAUAACCUUCAAGUCCUGGCUGUAUACUACCAGUGGUUCCAAGAUGCCUUUGACAAACUACCAAAAGAUGGCCGUGAGAUGCCGUGGAGGACACUCUGUGAGAACGACAAGCCAGAACUGGCCGCCUUGCCAGACAAGAUGGACGACUACUACACACCUAUGCAGCGCUACUGUGUCAUUCGGGCCUUACGAAGUGACCGCAUCAUGCAUGCCAGCUCCAACUUUGUGUCCAAGGUUUUGGGUAAAAAGUAUGCAGGAGAGAUCCCACUAGACCUGCCAGGUGUGCUGAGACAGUCCACCCCGCAGACUCCCAUCAUCCUGCUGUACACCUCAGAGAGCGACCUGGCAGAGACGCUGUUUACGGAGUUCGCCGCCAAGAAGCAGGAGGCGUGCCAGGUGGUGUACCUGAGCAGUGGCAGUCCGCAGGAGGAGAGGAGAGUUCGCAGGGCCAUGGCAAAGGCUGCGGAAGAGGGUCAUUGGCUGCUGUUGCACAAUGCCCACAAUGCCCUGCACUUCCUGCAAACCCUGGACACCACCCUGCAGGAGAAGAAGCUGCCGGCUGACUCCAACUUCCGCCUGUGGGUGUCGGCCCAGCCCCACCCUAAACUUCCCAUCCACCUGCUGCAACAUGCCAUCAAAGUGGUGGUGGACACUCCCAUGAUGAUGAGGGACCACAUGGUGAGGUCCAUGCAGUGGAUUGAGCCUGAGACUUUGAAGACCAGCACGCGGCCUGAGUGGCCUGCCGUCCUCCAUAACCUGUUCAUGGUGCACGGAGCUCUGCGCCUCAGGGCCAGGUUUGGCAGGGGAGGCUGGAACAGGCCUGGGGACAUGAUCUUUGGCAACAAUGAACUUCAGGAGGGCCUGAGGCUGGUGUUAGAUGAGUUCAGUGACACCACUUCCACUGACAUGCCUGGUACACCUGGGAAAGGCAUCGCAUGGACCGCACUCAGAUAUAUGCUGACAGAGGUAAUCUACGGCAGCUAUGUGAGUGAUGAGUAUGACCAGCAGACCCUGUCAGCCAUGGUGGACUACUGGAUGGGACCCAAUGCCAUGAAGAAGGAGUUUGAAGUCCCCAGAUUGAAACACAAGAUCCCUGCUGCCUUCUUUGCCAACUACAUCCGGUACAACUCCCUGGUGCAGGCUCUGGAACAGAUCCCUAACUUCUUCCUGGAUGUGCCUGAAGCCUGUAACAUGCACUCAUUCACUGAGACCCUACUGGGAGAUGACCAGUACAUCUUCACCAGACUCAACAGUGUGUACGACAUCAUGCCAUCCUCCCCCACCCUCAGUCAUGUGGUAUCUCCCAGACCCCCCACUCCAUAUGCAGGUCCCCCCCUGACGACUAUCAGUGCGACCAGUAGCCUCCCCCUGGUGGUGAAUCGGGGGGUGUUUGCCACCCAGACUUACGCUGCACUGAAGAACAGGAAGGAACAGGAGUUGUACGAACUCUCCACCACUCUGCUCACUAAAGUACCCAGGGCAUGGGGAAAGGAGUACAUCGCUGACCGUAUCAAGAAACUGGGAGGAGCCACAGCCUUUAAUGUGUUCAUCCAGAGAGAGGUUGAAGCACUGAUGAAGCUCAUUGGUGAAGUUCGCAGGUCACUCAAUGCCAUCAAGUCAGCAGCUGACACAGUUGAAGGCCUCCCCCUGGGUGACCAGUUGUCGAAGGAUUACCUGACAGUUGCGGAUGACCUGUACCACUACCGUACGCCGGAGCUGUGGUGUCGUCUGGGCGGGGAUGCCGUCCCACCGCCAACAUGGAACCCUGCACAGUGGCUGACUGACCUCACCAACAGACACGCUCACUUUGAGAAGCUCUUGUCUCAGGGGAGAGAGAAGUUCCCUGCUUACUGGCCAGGAGCGUUUUUCCAGCCUCGUGCCCUGUUUGGGCUGCUCAAGUCUGAGUCAGUCAAGAACUUCACAGACAAGUAUGGAUAUGUGGAGCCUCUCAUGUUCCAGACUGAGAUCACAGCAAGGGACAAGGACCAUCUGAGAGAUCCUCCCAACGAGGGCAUGUUUGUAUUUGGGCUGUACCUGUGGGGUUGUACAUGGGAGAAGACCACCAGUGAGCUCCUGGACACGCCGCCCAAGUCCGGCCCCUCCACCCUCCCCGUCAUCCACGUCACGUGUGUCCCGCAGUCCGACAAACUCACCGACCCCGUCAAGGCCGCGGAGACGUACCAGUGCCCGUGCUACAUCUCCCGUACCAACUGCAGGGAGCCAGUUCUCACGCUGGACGUGCGUCAUGAUGGCAUCACUGCUACUCGUUGGUCUCUGCGGGGGCUGGCGGGAACGCUCAGACCUUUCUAGCGCCCCCUAUCUGAGGCUGUAUGCUAAUGCAGAGCAACGUGGCAGUUUUGUCAAUAUAAUGCACUUCCAGCAUGGGAACGCAAAGAUUGUAAACAUUCAAAAUUUACACCUGUAACAUUACAAGCUUUCUCUACUGAACAACAACGGAGAGUAAUAUUAUUAACAAAGAGAAUUGUCAGAAACAGUUGUUAACAGUCUAGUAAGUUUUGUUUGAAGAGAUUUUAAUCCUAAGCUCUUGCUUCAUGCAUAUACUUUAUGUAUUACACAUGAUUGCAUAAUGUGCUAUUAACAUAAACCUGAAAUUUUUAAGGAACAAGCUUUAAACAGACUUUGAGUGUUUG